ACUCGCCGAUUGCAACUCCCGUAGCUCCAUUCGAGAGUUUUGUAAAUGCUGCUCCGAAGCGUGCGUCACUCUGUAAAGUGCUUCAGAGACAGAGCUUUUCCGGUUUCCCUCAACUUCGCGCAGAAUCGAUUGCUUGCUACCAUGGGAGUUCCUCAGGCAGUUCUGGAGGCGAAACUCCGCGAAAAGCUACAGUGCACGCAUGUCGAGCUCAGCGACCUCAGUGAUGGCUGUGGUCAGAAAUUCGCCGCUGUGAUCGUCUCUCCCCAAUUCGUCGGUAAGAAUCUCAUCAGUCAGCAGCGACUCGUGAAUGCCGCGAUCGCGGAAGAGCUCGAACAGAUUCACGCCUUCACUCAGAAAACCUACACACCGGAGGCCUGGGAGGCGGUGAAAAAAUGAUGCUUCUGAUUCUUUCUCCAAGAAGUGCCGUGGAAGCGGGAGAGGAAUGUUGAAAGCUCGGAGUUCGAGCACGCAGUGGAAGGGCUCGGUCGACGAGUCAUGUAGAAAUAAAGAAAUUCCCGGA